AUGGCCACGAGAAGAGGCAGUGCAUCAUGGUCGGCUCAAGCCAUUGUGGCUCUUAUGCCUGUGUCAGUGUUGUUGCUUCAAGCUGACUACGUUCAAGCUGCGACUUACACAGUCGGUGACUCUAGUGGCUGGACCUAUAACGCCGUUGGUUGGACUAGAGGCAAACAGUUUAAAGCCGGUGAUGUUCUCGUGUUUAACUAUAGUCCAAGGAGCCACAACGUGGUCGUGGUAGAUAAUGGAGGAUACACCAAUUGCGUAACCCCGGCACGUGCGAGAACAUACACUUCAGGCAAAGAUCGUAUAACUUUAUCUAAAGGAAAACAUUUCUUCAUCUGUAAUUUUCCAGGCCAUUGCGAAUCCGCUAUGAAAAUCGCAGUUACUGCCGUUUGA